AACCCAAUGAUAGAGCAGAACGGCUUAGGGCAUCAGUUUCUGAUUGGGCAGCUGAGCUGGGGGCGUAUCCAGGCGCGCUCUCUAGUUCUGGGUCAUGCAGCUCGCGGCGCAUUCCUGCUCUGUUGUUCGUGCGUUUUGGCUGUUGGUCCCUGUUGCCGCCGCCGUCUCCUGCUUUGCACCAUGCCGGUGGACCUGAAUCAGUGGACCGGGCCCCUGAGCCUGCGGGAGGUGGAGGAGAAGCCGCAGCACCCGCUCACCGUCAAGUACGCGGAUAACGAAAUCAAUGAGCUGGGCCAAGUGCUGACUCCCACGCAGGUGAAGAACCGCCCGGUGAGCAUCACCUGGCAGGGCUGCGACUCCUCCAAGCUCUACACUCUGGUCCUCACUGACCCUGACGCUCCCAGCAGGAAGGACCCCAAAUUCCGGGAGUGGCACCACUUCCUGGUUGUCAACAUGAAAGGCAGCGACAUCAGCAGCGGCACUGUCCUGUCCGACUAUGUGGGCUCCGGGCCCCCGAAGGGGACAGGGCUUCACCGCUACGUGUGGCUGGUCUACGAGCAGAGCGGGCCGCUCAAGUGCGACGAGCGCAUCCUGUGCAACCGCUCCGGGGACCACCGGGGCAAGUUCAAGGUGGCCGCCUUCCGCAGCAAGUACAAGCUGGGGAACCCCGUGGCCGGCACCUGCUACCAGGCUGAGUGGGACGACUACGUGCCGCGGCUGUACGAGCAGCUGGCCGGGAAGUAGGCCCUGCACGGCCGCCCUCUGCCCCCCAGUGCCGCUUGCGGGGGGCUGAGACCAUUAGUAGUUUAGAGCCGGGCUUGCUUUGGGGGGCCCCCGGCCUGCGGGUCAGUAAGGGCGGGGUGGGGGGAGGGGGUCUCCACGUUAGUAAAAGUCAUGAUUCGAUUCCGGAGCACAUCCACAGAGACCUAGAAUCUGCGCACACACAGUGGGAGCCGAGCCUCAAGAGAAAGUUGUUGGGGCUCUCCUCCCUCGGUGUGUGGCCCGGCCCUUCCUCCCCCGUGGCCCCGGGCAGAAGCCGGACUGCCGGCCACCAUCCCAUCACCCCGAAGAGAACCCCGACUGCCUUCAAGUGGCCUUUGGCCUCCUGCUCCUUUGGAAAGAGCUCGGCGGGUCCAUUUGGGGGAUUUGGAGCAGGAAAGGCAGUUGUGGGCUUAACUACCCCCCUCCCCCAGUUGAGAAGUGUUCAUGGCCGGGCAGGGCCAGCUUCAGGUUAGAUGUUUGUGUUGUGAGAGAAGCAGGGCCCGACUUCCCGAUAUUAGUGUUUUACUCUGCCCUUUGCUUGUAGUUGAAUUAAAAUAAACUGGAAUGGAAUGA